UACAAAUUAACUAGUAACACUAAACAAACACAUGCCCGCUCUACCCGUCUGCCGGCAUCCUGUGAGACACACGCCGUAUUUUCCCAGUCAAGAUGGCCGCUUGACUGUGCAGAAUCUAGUCGCGGUUUAUCCUCGCUGGUGUUGGUAUCUAUGGCACGAUCUGUGGUGUUGUGCAAGUUAAUGGUCCCGUCCAGAUAACACACUGAGGGUGAGCGUUUGCACUUUGUUCGUUUAAAGUCUAUCCGAUGACACGAAAGCCAGGACAGAGUAAUCCUGCAAGCACACCCUGUCCUUUCAGCUUUCUUGACAGUUCAGCAUACACAUGUCGAUGGAGAAGCAGGCUGUGGAGCGAGCCAGGACGGCCUUCCUCACCAGGAGGUCGCGACCCCUGGAGUUCAGAGCUCAGCAGCUGAAGGCUCUUCAGAGGAUGAUCACGGAGAAAGAGCGCGACAUCGCUGCUGCACUUAAACUCGACCUCAACAAGAACGAGUUUCAGACUCCUUUGUACGAGCUGGUGGGUCUGGAGGGUGAGAUUCAGCUGGCUCUGGAGAAGCUCCCGGAGUGGGCAGCCCCUCGCACCGCAGAGAAGACCCUGCUCACCAUAUCGGACGAGGUUUACAUCCAGCCAGAGCCCCUGGGGGUGGUCCUGAUCAUUGGAGCCUGGAACUACCCCUUCGCCCUGGUCAUCCAGCCCCUCAUAGGGGCCAUCGCAGCCGGAAACGCAGCUGUGAUCAAGCCCUCAGAAGUGAGCGAGCAUACAGCCAGGCUGCUAGGGGAGCUGCUCCCUCAGUACAUAGACAAGGACCUGUACCCCGUGGUGAACGGAGGGGUCCCCGAGACCCAGGAGCUCCUGCGGCAGCGCUUCGAUCACGUCUUCUACACGGGGAACUGCGCCGUGGGCAAGCUGGUGAUGGAGGCUGCCUCGCGCCACCUCACCCCCGUCACCCUGGAGCUGGGUGGGAAGAGCCCCUGCUACAUCGACAAGGACUGUGACCUCUCCAUCGUCUGCCGCCGGAUCACAUGGGGGAAGUAUAUGAACUGCGGGCAGACGUGCAUCGCUCCCGACUAUGUUCUGUGUGACCAGAGCAUCCAGAGCAGGGUGGUGGAGGAAAUCAAGAAGGCACUGAAGGAAUUCUAUGGCGAUGAUCUCAAGACGUCUCCGGAUUACGGGCGCAUGAUCAACCAGCGGCACUUCAAGAGAGUGACAGCUCUGCUGGAGGGGGAGACGGUGGCUCUGGGCGGGGAGAGCGACGAGGCUGACUGCUUCAUAGCCCCCACGGUGCUCACGGGAGUGACCGGCUCCUCCAAGGUCAUGCAGGAGGAGAUCUUCGGCCCCGUCCUUCCCCUGGUGAGCGUGGGGAGCGUCGACGAGGCCAUUCGCUUCAUCAACCAGAGAGAGAAGCCCCUGGCUCUGUACGUCUUCUCAUACGACAGCAAGCUGAUAAAGCGGAUGAUUGCUGAGACGUCUAGCGGGGGGGUCACUGCUAACGACGUGCUGCUGCAUUACUCCAUCAGCGCGCUGCCCUUCGGGGGUGUGGGCAACAGCGGGAUGGGCAGCUACCACGGCAAGCACAGCUUUGACCGGCUGAGUCACCUGCGCUCCUGCCUCAUCAAGAGCCUGAACAUGGAGGCGGUCAACAAGGUGCGCUACCCGCCGCACAGCGCCAAGAAGCUCAGCUGGGCGCGAUUCUUUAUCCUCAAGAGGGUGCGGCUGGGCACUCUGGGACGCCUGGCACUGCUUGCCGCGUUCGUUGCCCUGGCAGCCCUCGUGGCACAGAGGUUUCUGUGACAAGGAUAGAGUCUGCCUCCAGUUUGGAGCAUCAGAAAGGCAGAUGAGAGGUCCCAGUUCAGCCUGGACCAGUGCUGCUGAGCUGCAUGAAAACCAGCAAUAUGAUUAACACACUUUUCUUUUGCACACAAAUUAUGUGUGUAGAUUUGCUGGCAAAAACUAACAAACAAAUCAAAUCAUAAAUAAUUCUGUAUCCAAUAGAUAUAUUUUAUUCUUGA